CAUCCUGCUUUCAUUGGUGACAUCUGUGAUGCUCUGGUAGACAUCUAUGAAGACAAUACUCUGACAGGAUCAUCUGGCAAUACAUCACGAGUUGAUGCAAAGGCUCUUACAAAAGCCAUUUCUAGUUUCAAGUUUCUUGUUUCUCUUGUUUUGUGGUAUGACAUAUUGUUUGAGAUCAACAUAACUAGCAAACAACUUCAGGCAAAAGAAUUUGAUAUAUGUGAUGCCAUUAAUAAACUUGGAGAAACCAAGAAGUUUCUGGUGGGCCGCAGAAGUGACGCAGCCUUUGAGAAAACAUUGGUAGAUGCAGGUGAACUUGCGGAGCAGUUGGAUGUACCGGCACUUUUUGAACCAGAUCCAGUCCGUAUUAGAAAGAAGAGGAAGCAGUUCACAUAUGAAGCAGAUGACGAACCUAUUUAUGAUCCGAAAGAAAAAUUCAAAGUGAACUUUUACUUUGCAGUCGUUGACACAGCAAUACAUUCGGUUGAAGAAAGAUUCACAUUGAUGCAGCAAAUUAGUUCAGUAUUUGGCUUCAUAUAUGAUGUUUACAGUUUGCAAAAUAAAACACCAAAGCAAAUUAUGGAACAUUGCUUGAAUCUGGAGAAAGCUUUGCAACAUGGUGAAUCCAAAGAAAUUGAUGCCUUUGACUUGUGCAGUGAAUUGCAAGCUAUUGCAAGACGAGUCCAAAGGAGUUCAUCACUGCAAGAUGUAUUGAACUUCAUAUGGGAAAAUAAGCUGACAGAUAGUGUUACAGGAAUGACUGAAAGACGAGCAUGCUGUGAGCUUAAAGAAGCGUCCUACAAUCAGCAGGAUGACUCAGCACUAUUACUCACCUCACAUAUCCUUUUAGCUCUGGGGUCAUAUGCACAGCGAAAACAGGUGAGGGUGAAUGGGACUUAG